AUUAUAAGGUUUUAAAAAAAUAAAAUGGUUUUUUUAUCGAAAUUAUUAUACGUAGCAUAAUAUUGUGACAUUGUAAAAUCCGUCUGAACGUGUGCAUAUAGUAUUCGAAUACGUUUUUUAGUAAUUGGAAGUGAGAAUUCAUUGUAAGCUGUGUGUGUUCCCCGGCAGGAUUUGGCUCCUGGACGUUUCUAGAUCAAAAUAAUGGGAUGAUAAACAUCUUAGGCUUCUUGGCAAAAACCCUUCCUAAAAUUUUCCUGCACUGAAUAUUAUGCCAAAGUUCAGCAAAAAUACCCAACUCACGAAUACAAAUAUCCCGACUGAUCACUAAUUUUAGCAAAAAAUUACCCGAAUUUUGGUGGAAUUCAAUGAAAAUUUGCCAACUUUUUUGAGAGAGUUUAUUUUAUUAAAACCGCGGAAAAGUAACCCCCGGAAGAAAAGUAAUGAAAUUAGAAAACAAAAAACUAGCUCGUCGCUAUGUGGGUACGUAUAUAAACUAAUAAUCACAAAAAUAAACACUGUAAAAAUAUAUUCUAUUUCACAUAUAGAAGUUUUUCAGAAUCGUACGCGAUCUGUAUCGGCGUGAUUUAAAAAAUAAGGCGAAUAUAGCUAUAUAUAGAUGAGAUCAAAGAUGAGCAGGCGGGCGAAAUCGGCUCAACUACAACCUAGAUUUGAUAAUUGUUGGGUUUUUCAGCUUAAUUUUAAACCGAAUUGUGUAUUUUUAAAAUGCCACGUAGUUGGAAAACUGCAAGUAUGCCGGAAUAAGCGCGCUGUUACUCUAUAUCGAUCUCGCGAUGCAAAAUUCGAUAACUUUUUCAUCAGUAGUAUAUAUCUGGCCGUAUCAUAGAUAGAUUGCGUAGGAGAACACCUUGAAAACAACGCUGACGUCAUGUUAUAUCUGAAAUAUACAUUCGAAGAGGUUACAGUUCUCACUACUAUAACAGAACCAAGCUGGAAAUCCCAGGUGAGUUUGACCCAGUAUAUAGUUAAUAGAAUAUAUAUUUAAUAAACCGCAACCGAGAUAUCAGCCGUUAAACAUGCAAUUGAAAUAUACUCGUUUGAAUCUUGUCUCUGCCCAUAUCUCCGCUUCUCAAAAUAUUUUCAUUAAUUUUUUCAAUCUUAUUUUGCAUUUCUCUCUUUUGUACCUAUACACGUGUACACCGAUAAGAUAUUCUAUCCGUUCGUCAUGUUUAAUUAAGAGAUUUCGAACGCCCACAAAUUAUUGUUUCCUCUUGCUUGCCCCGAUGCAGUUAUAAAAGAGAAAGCCAUUUCAAUCUUCAAAGAAAUUGUCAUUCAAACGCUACCAGCAAAGCCUGAUUUUGGUACUGAUACAGUUCACCUAAAGAAGGAGUAUAUUUAUUAAAGGCUGGCUCGAUUGACGCAGAAGGUCACCCAAAGAAGAUAGGAUCGACUGGAAACUGAAAUUCUAAUUUUACUACAGCAGCCACUACGGUUUCCGCUUUGGAUUCGUCGAAGGUAUAAACUCAGAACGAGUUUACGUACAUCAUCUUUAAAGAUUGCCGUUGAUCAGCCACAAUUUUAACUCAAUAGGAAAUAGCGUGUCAUAGCAACGCAGAGCUUUGUAAUCGUCGAAAAAAAAUGGCCAGCAAAAUGCACAUCGUCGUUUUCCCUCUUAUUCUUGCGUUCGCAUCUGCAAACUCGUUGGAAGAGUUCAAAUUGGGCGUAUUGCUACCGUACACGUUCGAUGCCAACUGGGAUUUCCCGGCGGCCGAUCAUUACGCUUCGGCGGUUAGCCUGGCAGUGGAGAAAGUCAACAGCGAUCCCACAACAUUGCCUAACGCGAAACUCAGUUUCAUAUGGAAUAACACGGCGUGUAACCAAAGUAAAAUGGUAGCGCAACAGCACUGGCAGAUCAAACAAGGGGUCGUUGGCUUCAUCGGACCAAGCUGCUAUGGAAGAAAAGCUGCCAGAGUAGCAAAACGACGUGAUUUAGCCGUCGUUUCAUAUGAUUGUCAAGAUACUCAUGUCUCAAACAAAAAGUUGUAUCCAAACUUUGCUCGUACCAACCCGCAACACAGCAAGGCCGCGUUCCCCAUCCUCUCCUUUUUGAAGGCGAGAGGCCUGGAACGAGUUAAAAUCGUUUAUCAAGGAAGCAAGAAAUGGAUGACGUUCAAGAAAUUUGUAGCGCGCCUUUUGAGACGCAAUGGUGUGGAAAUCGCAGACACUGUAAAGGUCACCAUGUUUGAAUUUGCCAUGGGGGCCGUUCCUGGGAAGUUCAAUUCUAUUCCUUCUGGGUCUCAAGCAACAAUAUUGGCGACCGACUUUGGUAUAGCCAGAGAGAUCAUGUAUUAUAUGCAAGCAUAUGCUGAAAAGAAUCCGUCCGACUCGUACUCGAAGCAUCACUUCAUCACUGCACCUUCUGGCAAGGUGGAGAUAAAGGUUAACAUUCAGCAUCCAUUCAAAUGGUUUUUUAGUCAUUUUGUGAAAACUACUAAAGAGAGAACAAACGUGACCAAAAGAGCAUUUGAAAAGCUUUCGAUUGUCGCCAAUGUUCCCGAUAUGGAAACAGAUCAGCAUAAAGCUUUUGAAGAGGAAUUGAAAAAGAAGUCUUCCGAAUAUCCCUGGUUUAGCCGAGCUUACCAAGGAUGUUUAAAACUUAAAGGAUCGUGCAUUUUCAAUAGAUCCACCGCGAAGAUUCCUGCCAAAGGGGCGUACUUAUACGAUGCCGUGAUGCAGUUUGCUAAAGCCUUACAUGAAGUAAGGCAAGAUGGUAAAAUGCCGACGGGAAAGAAUAUUGUUGAUAGACUAAAAGGAAAGCACUUCGUAGGUGCUGACGGCCAUCAACAUCAGUUCGACGAGAACGCGGAUGUAAUAUAUCACUUUACAAUCCUCCGUUUAACUAGAGACAAAAAUGAUGAAUUAAAUAUGCUACCUGUGGAGUCUUCAGACAGAAGACGUUAACAGAACUAGCCUGUCACAUGUGUUAAAGAAAUCUAUAAGACAAAGAAGAAAAUAUAGUUUUGAGGUCCAUGCAUGACUGUGUAGAUUGUAGACAGAAGCCUUAAAGGAUACGUUCACACACUCACGAUUUCUCGGGUCAAUCCCAAAUUGAUGUUAAAGAAUAAUGACAUUUGAAAUAGUUAGGUGCAAUGCUAAAAUGACAAAAUCUUACACAACAGACAUUCCAUAGACUUGCAAGAUAACAUCAAGAGAGAUCCAUCCGAAAAAUCGCUGUGUGUUUAACGUACUUGUGACAAAAAAUUGAAUAUUGUUUUACACCGUAUAAUUAGUGUUUAUGAAGACAUUAUAAAGGCCGUGAGGAAAUUCUCAUCUUGCCUAUCCCUUCUUCAAUUCUAAUAAAACUGUAGUGGAACCUAAAUUUCCUAAAAUUUUACCUCUAAUUAUGACUGUAGUGACGAUAGUCUCAACACUUUUAGCGUUGUAAAGCAAUAUUAGGUUUUGGCUUUAAAAAUGGUCAUGUAUAUUGCUGUAUGAUUCGUACCAUGUUAUAAUAAGAUAUCUUAUGUAGUUGGUCUAUAGGCACAGUUGCAUAGAAGAUGAUAUAGUACGUUUUGUGAAAAUAGUGUCAAUAGAUAAAUUAGUAUUAGGUAUUAACUCACUGCAAACAACACUCGCGUUGUUUUUGCUGAAUGUACAUAUAAAUAUGUUAUUAGAGCACAGACACUGCCCCAAACGGCUGCACUGGCACAUUUUAUUUAAGAGAGAUGUAUUAAAUGACAAUUCA